GCUUGGAUUUGCCACUGGCGCUGAAGCCUUUUUUUUCUCACUUUUCUCCCCCCUCGCCCUCUAAGUACAUCUCCUCUGUUCGGAGAUUUUUGUCGCGAGACCCCACAACAGUUGAAACCUAAAAAGAAAAAAAUGGCAGACACUGAAGUGGACACCAGCUCGGAGAUCUCCGCUAAGGAUCUGAAGGAGAAGAAACAGGUGGAGGAGGCUGAGAAUGGGAAAGAGGCUCCCGCCAACGGCACCGCGGUGGAUGAGGAGAAUGGUGACAACGAGAAUGAUGUAGAUGAUGAAGACGAUGAUGUGGGAGAGGAAGAGGACGAGGAGGACGAUGGAGAGGGUGAGGACGAUGAGGAUGACGAUGAUGAGGGUGCCACAGGGAAGCGGGCGGCUGAAGAUGACGACGAUGAUGAGCCCGUGGGAACUAAGAAACAGAAGACUGAUGCUUGAGCUCCGUCCUGCUGCGGCUCCCCCAGCCCCCUCGGGAUAAGGGGGGAGGGGGGAGCAACUGCCCAUCACCAUCCUGUAGAGUCACCAUCCGUCCACACAUACACGCACACACACACACACACACACCUCGUGCAGACGUGUCCAUCACCGUUCAAACACACACAAACACACACACAGCGCAGAUUUUCUAGGAACAAGACUUGUCAAAGCUCUACCUUCUUACGAAAUACUUUAAAAGGAGAAUUUGUUUGUAUUUUUAUUUACAUUUUAUAUUUUUGUACAUAUUGUUAUGGGGUCGCUCACUAAGCGACCUCUGAUCCAGCUAGCGCUGCGUUGAAACCGUGGGCUCACCAUGAAAUAGGCUCUACUGUGGUUCGACUGCCUCACCCUCUCUCUCUCUCUCUCUCUCGACAGACACACACACAUCCACACACACCCCCGCGCGCGCACACACACACAUAUAUACGCACACACACAUUUGUACAAAAACUACGAGCGUUCCAUUCAAAGCAUUCCAGUACCGCAGUGUGUAAGACUUGUUUUUAGUUGUCCAUACGUAGCGGCGUGUGUGUACGUGAGCACACAGGUCAAAAGGGGAAAUGUUUCUUUGUUUGUUUCGUUAUUGUCGGGCCGCGCUGUCUCUCUCUCAGCGACCUGUUUCCAUGUAUGUGUGUGAAGGUUGUUUUACGACAAUAAACCCGAAUUUUAUUUUGUGAGUUCUUAAUGA